AUGGAAGUAAAGAUCAAUUCUGAAGUGCUCAUCAAGCCUUCCUCGCCAACCCCGCAACACCUCCGGACCUUCAAGCUCUCCCUCCUCGAUCAGCUCAUUCCAGUUCCUUUUACUACGGCUAUCUUCUUCUACCCGUCCAACUCCGAGCAGGCCGGCCCUUGCUUAGAUGUCCCCCAGAAACUAGACCUUUUGAAGAAGUCCCUCUCCCGGACCUUGACUCAGCUCUACCCGCUUGCGGGGAAGAUCUGCGAUGAUGGCCUCUACGUAGACUGUAAUGAUGGAGGUGCCCGUUUUGUCGAGGCUAGUGUUAACAUGUCCAUAACUCAGUUCCUAACUGACCCGGACCUCGUCUUGCUCAACAAGUUGCUUCCCAGCGAUGAGUUUGUUAUCGGGGAAUUUCCCGAACUGACUUACGCCGUAAAUAUUCAAGUGAAUGUGUUUCGGUGUGGCGGCAUCGCCCUCGGAAUUUGCAAUACGCACAGACUCCAUGACGGGAUCGCCUUAGGAGUAUUCCUGAAGGAGUGGGCAGCAGUUGGCCGGGGAUCAGGUGGCGGUAGUGGCAACAGCGAGGUAGCAGCUCAUGACCUCAUGGUGGCGGCGGAGCUCUUCCCUGCAAACGAUCUGUGGCUGCGUGACUCAUCAAAGAUCAUGUUUAACUCGAUAUGCAGACCGGGCAACUCGGCCACCAAGAGGUUUACGUUUACUGGGCCUGCAAUAGAGGCCCUCAGAGCCCGAGGAAAGGGUCCCAGUGUGAAGAACCCGACUCGUGUUGAGGCGGUCAGCGGGUUGUUAUGGAAGUGCGCCAUGGCCGCACUCGAGAGAAAGAACAAUGGUCUCAGAAGGCCUUCAGUCUUCACGCAUUUGGUGAACUUUCGCAAGAGGAUGAAUCCUCCGUUAUCGGGUCCCCUAGGAAACUUUCUCUGGCUGGCUGCUGCACAUUACAAGGGCACUACUAAAUCUCAUGAUGGUGCCGAAGAUGUGUUGCCCUCUUUGGUUGUUGAGCUGAGAGGAGCAAUAUCCAAGGUAGAUGGCGAAUUUGUCUCGGGAUUAAGACAGGACAAAAGUUUGAUAAGUAGCUCUUUCGAAAAGGUGCUCGGAGUUGGGUUGUCUGAAUACGGUCACGGAGUGGACCAUUUUGUGUGCUCGAGUUGGUGUAAAUUCGGGUUUUAUGAUAUCGAUUUUGGUUGGGGAAGGCCCAUUUGGGUUAGUCCCGUUUGGGAGUGCAAGAUGAUGUUCUUCAACUUGAUAUUUUUGGUGGACACAAGGUCGGGCGAUGGAAUAGAAGCAUGGGUGAUUAUGGAUGAACAGGAGAUGGCUCUGUUGCAGGAGGAUCCCGAUAUACAUUAG